GUCUUCAAAACACAGCAUGCCGUUGUGUGACGCAGUGUGUAUUUAUAUCUUCUAAGAUCUGGAAGAGCUAGACAUUCUACUACUGUAUUUUUACCACAACACUGUCAAAGUACGCCAGCAGACGGUUGUCAUUUUAUUUGUAUCUAGAUUCAUAGUAUUGUAGAAUAUGACGCCGGGACGGUCGCACUAAAAGUCAGCAGAGCCAUGACAUGAGUUUGCCAUGUGCUGGUAGUGGGGCAGACGACACAUUUUGACGGCAGGUUGAUGAGGGUAUGUGAUGAAGACGAAAGUGUUCGCUUUGAUGGGAGGAUUUACGUCUCUCAUGCAGGUCUUCGCCUUAUGUACUCCAUGGUGGGUGACCAUCCAAAGGGAUGACCGCCGGACUGUCUACGGCCUAUGGUACACACUCUCUUGUGAAGUUUCACAAGGCGUGUCCUUCUGCAAGACGCUGUACCAUCACGCGCCUCACGAGGAACAUGACGUCAUCGAUGUUGUUUCUAAUUUCUUGGAGUAUGAGAUCGAGACGAUGGUGGGCGCAUGCGUAUGCCUUGCCGCCACAGCCCUUGGCACCAUAUACCGACAUCGCGGAGCCAAUAAAGAUUCGCUCUCGUACGGCUUGGGUGGAACACUCUUGCUAGUCGCUUCAGGGACAACAGUCUGGGUAGCUAUAGGCAAACUUAUAAAGGAGAAUAUUGACCUGGCUGGACAUGAGACUAUAGACAUUCCUUGGUCACUCAUCAUAUCGGCGCUGUUUAGUACUGUUCCAUUUGUCCUUGCUGCCGUUACGAUCCCCUUAUUGGUUGCGAACUUCCGUGAAUUGAAACGAGACAGAGUGGCCGCACGUGCUUUGGAGGACAAGAUUCAAUCGAGCACGGCAAACCUUUACACGACGGACAUAAGUAUGGACCGCCUUCCUGGGUACCACAAUAUGGGAACGUCACUGACGCCAGCUCCAAGUUUCUCAACACUUGACUCAACGGCUUUUCCAGGCGAUCCCGUGACGACAGAACCAAUCAAAAGCGGCGAGAUUUUCCUGUGAUAUAAGUAGUGUUUAAUGUGAUAUAUUUAACUGUUAUUAUGUAAUUCUGAGCUGGUUUCUGUUAUUUGUUGGUGUAGAAGUAUCAGAUGUCAAACAUCUAAGUGAUUCAUAGUUAUUUUGAUAAAAAUGGCUAUCAGUUACAACUACAUGUCCAUGUAUUACUUUUAUGAAUUCCUAUAAUUUGACAUUAUUCCUAAAAAUGUGCCAUGUUUUUUUAGCUUAAAUUGUGACAUGUACAUCUAUAUGGUAUUUAAUUAACACUGAUCAAUUAAAUUAUCUGCUAAUAUCAUAAUUGUUUAAUCAUAACUGAAUGAAAAAAAUGUAUCUUUGAGAAUCAGUGAAUAGAAACAAUACCAUUUAUAGACAAUAUCGAUAUCAUGUGAAAUCGACAUAGAAAGCUGUUGAUUACAUCGGCGAAGUGAUGACAACAAAAAGUCUAUCUACUUUUGCUACAUCGCUAUUCUUCUGGUGAUUAACAUUUUACAAACGAAUGAUAUGUUUUAUUGAUAAAAUUCAUGGAUCUUACUCACUAAUUAAUGUACAGAGAUUCCCAGCGAAUGUCUACAUACAGAGCAAUGCACGUGUCAUUCGCCGAGUAAUGACUUGUGCAUGGUGCAGAAAUGUACAUCCGACAUUCAGUAAUGCAUGUGCAUCUAAACAGCUACAUCUGUAGUGCGCAGACGAUGCUUUAUUAUUGUAACAAUGCCAGAGAUUGUUCUUACAAUGUAGGUGUGAGAAAGUACCGUAUUUUUUGUCAUUUAUCUGUGAGCAGUCUGGCACAAUGUAAACAAAUCUUAAGUUACCUGUCGUGUUCACAGUCGAUCAGAACAUACUCCAAAAACACGUACAUGUAUGUUAGGAUUAGAAAGACAAAUGUAAGGAAUACCUAUUAUUGAUCAUAAAACUACAGUGAUUGUGUGAUGAAGGAUGAUACAAGAGUGAUUGUGUGAUGGAGGGUGAUACUAGAAUGAUAAUGUGAUGAAGGGUGAUACUAGAGUGAUAAUGUGAUGAAGGGUGAUACUAGAGUGCUAAUGUGAUGAAGGAUGAUACAAGAGUGAUUGUGUGAUGAAGGGUGAUACUAGAGUGAUAAUGUGAUGAAGGGUGAUACUAGAGUGAUAAUGUAAUGAAGGGCGAUACUAGAGUGAUAAUGUGAUGAAGGGUGAUACUAGAGUGAUAAUGUAAUGAAGGGCGAUACUAGAGUGAUAAUGUAAUGAAGGGCGAUACUAGAGUGAUAAUGUAAUGAAGGGCGAUACUAGAGUGAUAAUGUAAUGAAGUAUGAUAUUGCAGGGGGUUGAAGUAUGAUAUUACAGUGGGUUGAAGUAUGAUAUUACAGUGGGUUGAAGUAUGAUAUUACAGUGGGUUGAAGUAUGAUAUUGCAGUGGGUUGAAGUAUGAUAUUACUGUGGGUUGAAGUAUGAUACUACAGUGGGUUGAAGUAUGAUAUUACUGUGGGUUGAAGUAUGAUAUUGCACUGGGUUGAAGUAUGAUAUUACUGUGGGUUGAAGUAUGAUAUUGCAGUGGGUUGAAGUAUGAUAUUACUGUGGGUUGAAGUAUGAUAUUGCAGUGAGUUGAAGUAUGAUACUACAGUGGGUUGAAGUAUGAUAUUACAGUGGGUUGAAGUAUGAUACUAAAGUGGGUUGAAGUAUGAUACUACAGUGGGUUGAAGUAUGAUAUUGCAGUGGGUUGAAGUAUGAUGUUACAGUGGGUUGACGUAUGCUAUUGCAGUGGGUUGAAGUAUGAUAUUACUGUGGGUUGAAGUAUGAUAUUACAGUGGGUUGAAGUAUGAUAUUACUGUGGGUUGAAGUAUGAUAUUGCACUGGGUUGAAGUAUGAUAUUACUGUGGGUUGAAGUAUGAUACUAAAGUGGGUUGAAUUAUGAUAUUACAGUGGGUUGAAGUAUGAUACUAAAGUGGGUUGAAACUGUGGGUUGAAGUAUGAUAUUACAAUGGGUUGAAGUAUGAUAUUACAGUGGGUUGAAGUAUGACACUACAGUGGGUUGAAGUAUGAUAUUACUGUGGGUUGAAGUAUGAUACUAAAGUGGGUUGAAGUAUGAUAUUACUGUGGGUUGAAGUAUGAUAUUACUGUGGGUUGAAGUAUGAUAUUACUGUGGGUUGAAACUGUGGGUUGAAACUGUGGGUUGAAGUAUGAUAUUACAAUGGGUUGAAGUAUGAUAUUACAGUGGGCUGAAGUAUGACACUACAGUGGGUUGAAGUAUGAUAUUACUGUGGGUUGAAGUAUGAUACUAAAGUGGGUUGAAGUAUGAUAUUACUGUGGGUUGAAGUAUGACACUACAGUGGGUUGAAGUAUGAUACUAUAUUAAGUUGAAGUAUGACACUACUGUGGGUUGAAGUAUGAUAUUACUGUGGGUUGAAGUAUGAUACUACAGUGGGUUGAAGUAUGACACUACAGUGGGUUGAAGUAUGAUAUUACUGUGGGUUGAAGUAUGAUACUAAAGUGGGUUGAAGUAUGAUAUUACUGUGGGUUGAAGUAUGACACUACAGUGGGUUGAAGUAUGAUACUAUAUUAAGUUGAAGUAUGACACUACAGUGGGUUGAAGUAUGAUAUUACUGUGGGUUGAAGUAUGAUACUACAGUGGGUUGAAAUAUGAUAUUACAGUGGGUUGAAGUAUGAUACUUAAGUGGGUUGAAGUAUGAUAUUACUGUAGGUUGAAGUAUGAUACUACAUUGAGUUAAAGUAUGACACUACUGUGGGUUGAAGUAUGAUUAUAAGUGGGUUUUGAUCUAUCAAUAUUCUAACUAUCCUUUACAUAUACCGCCGCCAUUAUUCACAUGUACAAGAAGAGUCCUGAAUAUAUUCUAUAUAUACUCAUAUAUGAACAGUUCGCUGACUUUGCAUUUAAUAAAUUGUUUAAAUAUUUGGAAGCACCGUAUAUUAAGAAAAAAAUGUAUGUUUGUUGCAACUUUCUUCUUUCCUUGGAGAUAGUAUGAAUGUGAAAGUAUUUUGAAAAAUUGUGUGAAUUGUUGUCAAGCGAAAUCAAACACUUGGGUGUGUAAAGGGAGAUCACUCUUGUUGUAACCCUCAUAUGUACUUAUCGUGCCAAGACACAUUCUAAACCCAUGGCACUUACUACAUGUUUUUUUUUUAUUAUGUGAAGCUCCAUCGUUGCUUUGCUUUUAUUCAUCUGUUACUGAUUUAUGCAAUACAAAAUAAAAUGGAUUAAACAGU